CUCCCCUGUUCCCGCUCACUCCAAACCACCUGAACUCACCACACUACAGCAGCUCUCAACCUCAAGUCACCGCCACCACCAAGAACACCACAAGAACACAAGAGCACGCAGAGACCGACACGCAUGACCUUCAGCGUCUCGGCGGCGAUGGAGGGGGGCCACGAGUACAUGAUCCGCUUCGACGGCCACUUCGACGACCCGUCGCCCAGCACUGCCACCGCCGAGCCGCCGCCAGCGCCGCCGCAGCCGUUCGCGGGCAGGGCGAUCUCGCCGGAGCAGGAGCACAGCGCCAUGGUCGCCGCGCUGCUGCACGUCAUCUCCGGGUACACCACGCCGCCGCCGGACUUCUUCCCGGCGGCCGCGAGCAAGGAGGUGUGCCCGGCGUGCAGGGUGGACGGCUGCCUCGGCUGCGAGUUCUUCGGAGCGGAGGCAGGGACAGGGCCGGUCGCGGCGGCAUUGGACGCGCCGAAGGUGACUGCGGCGACGGCGGGCGGGCCGCAGAGGCGGCGAAGGAACAAGAAGAACAAGUACCGGGGCGUCAGGCAGCGCCCGUGGGGCAAGUGGGCAGCGGAGAUCCGCGACCCGCGCCGCGCCGUGCGGGUGUGGCUCGGGACCUUCGACACCGCCGAGGACGCCGCCAGGGCCUACGACCGCGCCGCCAUCGAGUUCCGCGGCCCGCGCGCCAAGCUCAAUUUCCCCUUCCCCGAGCAGCAGCAGCAGCUGGGCGACGGGAAUGCCGCCGCGGCCAAGUCCGGCACGUGCUCGCCCUCGCCCCGCAGCGCCGACGUCGAUGUCCGGGUCCCGCAGGCGUGGCAGCAGAACGGCGGGCAGGAAACAGGGGAUCAGCUCUGGGACGGCCUGCAGGACCUGAUGAAGCUAGACGAGAGCGAGCUCUGGUUCCCGCCAUCUGGAAAUUCGUGGGACUGAACUGAACCUGCUUGAUUAGAUCCUAGCCGUUGGAGUGAGUGGACAAGACCAUUUCACUUUUUUUUCUCUUCCAUUUUACCUCUGUUGCAUUAUUUGGGCAAAACAGAGUCUGUGAAUUAUAAGUAGGACUGUAUGAAGAUUGAAGAGUAUACAUAUUAACAAGGCAGUUUUGGGUUUGUGCUUCA